CGUUUUUCGCGAGAAAUCAAUGUUACACCAGAGAAGAACAGAGUGAACACAUCGUGUAUCUGUGAGAUCACGGGAAAACAGACAAAUCUGACUACCGGAGGACGAAAACGUGAAGUGAUUAACCUGCUUUCACUGUCGAUGUGCGUGUGUACGUAUGUGUGUAUUUCACCAGAGGGACGUAUAGAGUCGCCACAGAUUUUCAUUGAUGUCGCCUUUUUCUAAUGCACAGACGCUCUGACAGCGUGUGGAUGUGUCAGAUAAUCGAGAUUCGUAGUUGUGCAAUAAUGUGCAAUAUGCACGCAAUGAACUCCGCGUACAUGCACGCACUGGUGCCUGCUCGGCACACAGACUGUGUUUGAAUGCUGCCUGUGGACUCUAACAUGUAACGGAUUUCUGCACCGACGGAGGAUCGUUGUGAUAGAAGCAUUUUUUACAGGAUGACAGCAGUUGGGUUGAUUAUGUCUGUUACUGGCGCAAUGAGCUGCUUGUAGUUUUAAAAGAUUGUGUUUGUUUUUGAACUGAGAUUCCCACUGGAUGUCUCCGGGGGUGAAAGAUGUGUGUGAACUUGUUUGGUUUAUCUAAUCUGCAGUGUGAUUGGCUUCGGUCUGACAGUCUGGGCUGCUCGGGUUUCUUCUCAGUCUCUCAGCUGGACUUCAGCUCAUGCACUGCACACUGAUCGCUCCGUGCAGCCUCUCGCUUAUUCAGCAGUUCCCACCACACAGCAGCCUAGUCAGUAGUCUCCGUCAGUCUCUGCCAGCGAGGGACAGCAGCGGCACUUUUAUAUACUUUGAUCAGAUUGGCUAGUGUAGGUUUUUUGUAUGGUUUUAAGAUUUCUUGUAUGCUAUUAUUGGACAAAAGAGCAGCAAACAGUCCUGACUGAAUUCGAUAUCACCUGCUUCUCGUCGGGGAAGGAUGUUAAAAGCAGCCGACAGUCCGCCAAGCAUUUCGGUUUAGUAGUAAAUUGACUCUCGUUGAAAGCCACGCGAGAGUCGGGCUUCUUCCCGCACCCUGUCACCUGGAAACCACAGGAGCCCACGAGACACUCCGACAGGUGUGAACCCCCGACACACGCCAUGGAUGACUCUGGGAUCAUCCGAAGACGGAGGCUGCAGAAGGAUUUACCUCUGCCGCGAAAAAGUAGCAGUUGCAGAACCAGUAACCGGAAAAGCCUCAUCCUGACCAGCACAUCGCCCACUCUGCCGCGGCCGCACUCUCCACUGCCAGGACACAUAGGAAGCAGUCCGUUGGACAGCCCGCGCAACUUCUCACCAAGCGGACCCGCCCACUUCUCCUUCGCCUCCUCUCGCAGGGCUGAUGGUCGUCGAUGGUCCCUGGCUUCUCUGCCUUCCUCAGGAUAUGGCACCAAUACACCCAGCUCAACGUCGUCCAGCUCGUCCCAGGAGCGUCUGCACCAGCUGCCCUUCCAGCCGACCAUGGACGAGCUGCACUUCCUGUCCAAGCACUUUGGCAGUACUGAGAGCAUCACGGACGAUGACGGGGGCCGACGCUCGCCGCACGUCCGCCCUCGCUCUCGAAGCCUCAGCCCGGGGCGCUCUCCAUCCUGCUAUGACAAUGAAAUAGUGAUGAUGAACCAUGUCUACAAGGAGCGCUUCCCCAAGGCCACAGCUCAGAUGGAGGAGAGGCUGGCAGAGUUCAUCCACAACUACUGCCCAGAGAGCGUUCUGCCGCUGGCAGACGGGGUCCUCAGCUUCAUCCACCACCAGGUUGCAGAGCUGUCCAGAGACUGCCUGACCAAAUCCCGCGAGGGUCUCAUUACCAGCGUCUACUUCUGUGAACUGCAGGAGAACCUGGAGAGGCUGCUGAACGACGCCUAUGAGCGCUCGGAGAGUUCGGAGCUCACCUUCGUCAUCGAGCUGGUCAAAAAGCUCUUCAUCAUCAUAUCUCGUCCAGCCAGGCUCCUCGAGUGUUUGGAGUUCAACCCUGAGGAGUUUUACCAUCUGCUGGAGGCAGCGGAGGAUCACGCCAAAGAAGGACAACUGAUGAAGGCAGACAUCCCUCGAUACAUCAUCAGCCAGCUGGGGCUGACCAGAGACCCACUGGAGGAAAUCGUGAGCCUUGACAGCUACGACAGCGAGGGUCCACACACUCCAGAGACCGAUGACUCAGCAGAGGGAAAAGGGAGAGCCAUCAAGCCACCGAGUGAAGAAGAUUUUCAGAGCAUCAAACUGAUCAGCAAUGGUGCUUAUGGUGCUGUCUACCUGGUGCGCCACAGAGAGACACGUCAGCGUUUUGCCAUGAAGAAGAUCAACAAGCAGAAUCUGAUCCUGAGGAACCAGAUCCAGCAGGCGUUUGUAGAGAGAGACAUCCUCACCUUCGCAGAGAACCCGUUUGUCGUCUCGAUGUUCUGCUCCUUUGAAACGCGGAGACAUCUGUGCAUGGUCAUGGAAUAUGUGGAGGGUGGAGACUGUGCCACUUUGCUGAAGAACAUCGGGGCUCUGCCUGUGGAGCUGGCAAGGAUGUACUUUGCUGAGACAGUUUUAGCUCUGGAAUACCUGCACAACUAUGGCAUCGUCCAUAGAGACCUCAAACCUGACAAUCUACUGAUCACCUCCAUGGGUCACAUCAAGCUCACAGACUUUGGCUUGUCGAAGAUGGGUCUAAUGAGCCUCACCACCAACCUGUACGAGGGACACAUUGAAAAAGAUGCCAGAGAGUUCCUGGAUAAGCAGGUGUGUGGAACUCCAGAGUACAUCGCUCCAGAGGUGAUUCUCCGUCAGGGCUAUGGGAAGCCGGUGGACUGGUGGGCCAUGGGCAUCAUCCUCUAUGAGUUCCUGGUGGGCUGCGUGCCUUUCUUCGGAGACACACCGGAAGAGCUGUUUGGCCAGGUCAUCACAGACAAUAUAGUUUGGCCAGAUGGUGAUGAUGCCUUGCCUGCGGACGCCCAGGGCCUCAUUUCUGCCCUGCUGCAGACCAACCCUCUUGUGAGGUUGGGAACAGGCGGAGCGUUUGAGGUGAAGCAGCAUGCAUUCUUCACAGAGCUGGACUGGAACAGUCUGCUGAGGCAGAAGGCAGAGUUUAUCCCUCACCUGGAGUCAGAGGAGGACACCAGCUACUUUGAUACCCGCUCAGAUCGGUAUCAUCACAUCAAUACGUAUGACGAGGAUGACACCAAUGACGAUGAGCCAGUGGAGAUCAGACAGUUCUCUUCCUGUUCUCCUCGUUUCAGCAAGGUGUACAGCAGCAUGGAACAUCUGUCUCAGCUGGAGCAGAAAGCGACGACCUCCGUGUCUCGCCGGGAGCACAAGGGCCCGCGGGAGGACAAGGUGACCAAGAGAGAGAGCCUGGGGAGCUUCAGCAUGAGAGAUAAGAGCUGGAGGACCGGAUCUCCUGAGAUGAAGCGCCUGUCUUGUUCAGAGUCCCUCUACAUGGAGGGGGAUGCGAGCCCUCCUCUUGCUGCUCGCAGACGUUUCUCAGCGCUGAUGGAUACACAUCGUUUCGCCUCACCCCAAGACGGUGAGCCGGACUUCCUGACCCGCCAAGUGCCCAUAAAGGUCCGUGGAACCUCGCUGGAUGGGACCAGUGUGCCCUCACCGAGCCUCCUGGAGCAGAGGAACAGCUUGAAGGAGCUCAACGGAGCAGACAAAUCCCCAAGACACGGAGAGACACCAGGAGUUACCGCGGCCAUUGGCACAUUAUCCCCGGGUCCUGCAGUAGCCGGUCGUGAUGUCAUGACUCCUCUGUAUGACCCUCUGGGGCCCCGGGCCACCAAUGACCUAGUCCUCCGCAGGGCGCGCCAUCAGCAAUUAUCUGGUGAUGGAGAGAAACGCAACUCCAGAGCAGGGAACAAGGUCAUCAAGUCAGCAUCUGCCACGGCCCUGUCUGUCAUCAUACCAUCAGUGGAGCAGCAUGGAGGCUUCUCUCCGCUCGCCAGCCCCAUGUCUCCCCACUCCUUCUCCUCCAACCCCUCGUCCCGUGACUCGUCACCCAGCAGAGAUUUCUGCCCGGCUGUCAGCGUGCUGCGCUCUCCCAUCACCAUCCACCGCUCCGGAAAGAAGUACGGCUUCACUCUCCGGGCCAUCAGGGUCUACAUCGGAGACACUGACAUCUACAGCGUGCAUCACAUUGUCUGGCAUGUGGAGGACGGUGGCCCUGCACAGGAAGCUGGCCUGUGUGCUGGUGACCUCAUCACCCACGUCAACGGGGAGUCUGUCCACGGUCUGGUCCACACUGAAGUGGUAGAGCUCAUCCUCAAGAGUGGAAACAAGGUGACUGUGACGACCACGCCCUUUGAGAACACCUCCAUUAAAGUGGGUCCUGCCCGCAAGGCCAGCUACAAAUGUAAGAUGGCCCGACGGAACAAGAGGACCAUGGGCAAGGACAGCCAGGAGAGUAAGAAGCGCAACUCCUUGUUUCGUAAGAUCACAAAGCAGUCGAAUCUGCUGCACACCAGCCGCAGCCUGUCCUCUCUGAAUCGCUCUCUGUCCUCCAGUGAGAGUCUUCCUGGGUCCCCAACUCACAGCUUGUCUGCCCGGUCCCCGACUCAGGGCUACCGCUCCACCCCUGAGCCCUCAUAUCUGGGUGCUUCCUCCCAGAACAGCUCUCCAGCUUCCAGCACUCCAAACUCCCCUGCUCCCUCUCAGCACAUGAGGCCCAGCUCCCUGCACGGGCUCUCCCCUAAACUCCACCGCCAGUAUCGAUCGGCCCGUUGUAAGUCUGCAGGUAACAUCCCUCUGUCCCCGCUGGCCCACACACCUUCCCCAACCCAGUCUUCGCCUCCACCAUUGCCUGGCCACACUGUCGGGAGCUCCAACACCACUCAGUCAUUUCCUGUCAAGCUCCACUCCUCGCCACCGGUGGUCCGUCCCAGGCCCAAGAGUGCUGAACCCCCUCGAUCACCCCUUCUCAAACGGGUGCAGUCAGCAGAGAAGCUGGGCUCGCCUCUGACCCAGUCCAGCUCUACAGGAGGGCUGGGGGGUCCGCUGAGGAAGCACAGCCUUGAGGUGCAGCACUCUGAGUACCGUAAGGAUGCCUUCCUCUGUGAGCUCGGCCUCCAGAGCCUGCUGGAGACGGACGGGGAAAACUUGCCUCCUAAUCCUCCUCCCCUGCCCUCAUCCUCUACGUCACCAGAGACCGGCGUCCUGAAGCCUGUGAGGAGACUCGGGAGACAGGAGUCACCGCUUAGCAGGGAAACACUGCUGGCUGGGAGGGAGAGGGAAGAGAGGGAGAGAGGAAGGGAAAGGGAGAAAGAGAGGGACACUGACACCGGGUCAGUCCUGGAGAGACUGGGUCGGGUUGGAGCUACAGUAACCCAGUCAUCAUUAACAAGAAAACCUCAUACAAGUGAGCUGGCCUUCAGCUCACAGGCUGGCCACAGCUCCAGAGUAAACACAGAAGCCACUAAAGCUACGACUCCUAGCACCCCUACCAAAACAACAGGAAGCCUAGGUGGUCAAAAGGGACUUGAAAAGAUCCCCCAGAGUCCGUCAGACUUACCUUCAAAACAGCAAGAAUCUAAGGCAGCAGAGAAAAGUGUGUUACCUAAUAGAAAAGACCCCCAGGAGCAGCUGUGGGGAAGAACUGAACCAAAACAGGAAACAGACAACAGGAGUCGUCCAGGUUUAGCUGCUGCUGCCUUCAACAAGAGCUCUAAUUCAAUUCCAGAUAAACACAUCGGCAUCAACGCGACAGUGAAAACAGUUCCUCUCAGCAUGAACAAAACCUUUAAGCCAUCAGGUAUGGGAGACAGCCUGAGGAAGGCCGGAGCAGAGAGCAGUGACUCCAGGACUCCAGAUUUUGGGUCGAAAAGCCCCAAACUCCCCACACGCGUUCUCGCUCCUGUCGUCCCCCCACAUGGGCAGCCGCUGUCACUGGGCAAGGUGAGGCAGGGACUAGGACCUGUCAACUGCUACAGAGGAACCCUCGACUGGGAGGACAAGUGUCGCCUGGAGGUGGUGGAGGAGCAUUCACCUUCGCCGUCUCCCUCCCCGACUUCUGUCACCCCCUCCCUCUGCGGACCUUCCCUGUGUAAGUCGCGGCCUGUCUCUCCCGGCGACAAGACGAGCUUCGUCAGCCAGCUGACCACCGUGGCCAAAAACGUCCUUGGGCCAAUCAAGCUCGGCUCCCAGGAGGGGUCCAAGAACAAAGAUCAGCAGACUAAAGCAGCGGAGGAGAGGCAAGGAAGCGCAGCAGGAAAGUCUGACACUCCUGCUGGAGGUCGAGUGAUCGUUGGGGCGGCCGUGGUGACCAAAAGUCCCGCCGGCUCACCGAUAGAGAGGGCUGCAACAGGUAGCAGCCAGCAGAAGAUGUGACCCCAUGGGGUCCCUAAACGGGACUCUAAUAAAAAAAUGCCUUUUUUUGGAAGAACAAUGCAACAGAAGUCAAGCACUUAAAAACAAUGUACAUUCCAGUUUCAGAGUAUAUAAAAUGUUAUUUAUUGAUUCCAAUUAUUGACUGAUUCUAACUUAAAACCAGGAGUGGAAUAAUCUGUAAAGGUGCAUUAUCUGUUGAUUUUCUAUUAUAAAGUAUUUAAUAAGAAGACUCUUAAUGUAACGUGGAACACUUUAUCAGAUGUAUAUGUGUGUGGGUCUAUGUGAACGCAUGUCAUAUGGUAUGUACUGUACAUGUAUUAUAGGGACAAGAAGGUCAAAAAGUGCUUUACAGAUCAAAACAUGCUGAAAACUGUGAAUACCAAAAUCCAGUCACUCUAUUUUGUCUUUCAACCAGCCCUUUGUUCUUUUCCUGCUUAUCAUACAAGACAAUGAUGAACUGAGUCACAGUCUUAUUGUAAUAUUUACAGCAAAGCAACAUGUCUGACACAUAGUUCUGCUUCAGCAACAAGAUGAUUAAGCUCAUUUCUUCCUCAUGCAGCAGUUUACUGAGUUGCUGUGCACGGUCAGACCAAGUCAAAGCAGGCACUCUGUCAGUGGACGUCACGUCAAGCUCUGUCUGACGCUGGAGAUUUUGGGUGUGUGUGUGUGUGUGUGUGUAUGUGAGAGAGAGAAGAGAGAGAGAGAGAAAAGCCACCUUGGGUCUAUUUCUGGUGGUUCUUGAAGGCUGUGUCCUUCUGCAGAGGAAAGCGUGUUUGACAGAGCUUGGGCUCAGCGCUUAUCUCCCGUUAGCAGGAGGGCCACCACAGCCCGACACACACACAUAAACACACACACUCACACUGGCACAGCAGUGUCAGCAGCUGAUUUUCAUGCAUUUAAAUCCAUGCCCCCGUGGUCCGUGUGAGUGUGUGCGUGUUAAGGAGUGUGUGAGGACGUGUGUGUCUUUUCGAGGGGUAAUUACACUCAGCACGGUUGACUCAGCAAGGGUCACGGCAGAAACCAAACUGGAAAUAAACAUGCAGUUAGGAUCCAGUAGGGAUGGGAAUUACUAAGAUUUUAUUGAUACCAAUGCCUCACAAAUUCUGCUUAUCAGUCCAAUUCUUUAUUGAUUCCUUCCUUCAGCGGCAACUCUUUUAUUAUCUCUGAGUCUGAAGAGGAAAUGAGAGAACAUUUGUACAGCAUAGUGGUUUAGUACUUGAGAUCGGUCUUUCUGAAGGUCUUGUCUCAGUCUCAGACAAAGAAGACUCAGGAUAAAGUGUGUCAUUAACUUACACAUUUUCUGAUUCUUAACAUCACUAUAAUUGGAUGUAAAACUUCCUAUUUCAAAUGCAACCAAUAACUUGGCCUAUUCCUAAUUUGAAAUGUGUGUUAUUGUUAACAUCCCCAUUUCACAAGCAGCACUGUUGUCAUCUGUUUUUGUGAAAUGAAGCCACACUUUGGACAGUUUUGUCCUCCCUCCCACAACUCUUAUUGCAAGUUUCCAGACACACAAGUUUGACGUCAUUGCGAGAAAAACAUGCUGGCAUGGAUAAAGGGAAUUCACAAGCUCUGAGGUGUACAAUUAUGAUGAAUCGUACAAUUUGAAACCACUUUUCAAUUGAAACCGCUUCUCUGUUCCUGUCCCUCGGAUCCAGUCAGAGUUACAGGCUUUGCUGAAUGCUUUGCUACUUUAUAAACAAAUCACACAUGCACAGUGAUGAUAACUUAUGUGGAUAUAAUAUAAAUAUAUAUAUUUAAAAAAAAUGUAAGCACAUAUACAGUGAACCCAUGUGUUGUUUUGAGCCAAACCAGGAGAAGCAGGCAGUCAUGGAUGUAGCAUACUGUAAUGUGUUUGUUAAAGGGCUCUUUAGCUGAGGUAGGAUUGUGGGUAUGGGCAUGGUACAGUUUAGUAUAUCACAAUGAACCUGUUGCUGUAAAAACAAGGUCAUCUGCAGUAUAAUCAGAAUGUUAGGUCAUUAGGUAACAAGCUUAGGUAGUCAAGGUUUGAUUCAUGUAAAGCUCACAUUUUGCUAUGUAACAUACUGAUAAAGGUUUUGGAUAUAAUCUCAGCAGGAGUGCUGAGAAGGAUAAAGUGUUCACUGGAAAAACGACUCUCCUCCCACUGCUAGUAUUCAUCCCAAGUUCAUUCCCAGUAACUAUCCAGUGUACAUAAUCUUAUGCAAAUCAUUUACAGCUGUGUGUGAGGACUGCUGUCACUGUACUGCUACUAGGUGGUUUAAUGAAGAAAGUUUCUGGGGUUAAAUCCUUCUUUGAUUGGAUGCAUCAUUUUCUGACAGUGUUUGAUUAAAUCGACUUUGAUUCUUCUAUCAGCUCAAACGUAAACAGAUUCAACCAACAAACAGAAACUUCACACAGAGGCAGUAGUUUAAAGACGUACAUUUAUUUUCGAGUCCAAAAGGGAAAACGUUUAAAGUUUGUUCUCCAUCUGUUUUGCGUGAUACUUCCUGCACAGUUCUGUUGAGAGCUUGUUGUUCUACAUUGUUUUGGUUUUUAUCUGUCUUAAAAAAUUAAAACAAUGAGCUGGAAGCAGCUAAAAGCUGUGCACAGCUACAAAGUAGGAAGUUGUUUUGUGGUAUUGGCUGAUGUUUUUUUUUUUAAGAAAAUCAGUCAUUACUAUUAAAAUUACGUUUUUUAAAGGAUUACUUCAGCCAUUUGUAUAUCGAUUACUCACCCUGUGUUACUUUAAAUUCUUGUUCGUUUUAGAGAUCCCAAAACUAAGAAAAUUCCUAAUAAAUUGAAGUUAAUAGAGGCCACUUUUAACAGCAAAAAUGUUAUCAAAUCAUCAGUUUAAUAACUCUAACACAGCUUCUGCAGGAUUAUCCAAGUCACAUUUUUCCAGCUGUAUGCUCAGAACUUUUCAAACAAAUGCAUUUUUACUAACAUCUUAUUAUGCAAAAAAACAUUCUAUUUAAAACACUUCAACAUAAACAGUUUCACGCCUGCAAAGUUUUAAAUAGUGAGGUUUUGCAGACUCCAUUUAUUUUAAUUCAACACGGAUUUUCUCCAUUUUUAGAUUCUAAUUCUCCAUGCAGGCAUGCAUGAAAAACUAAAUUAAUCAAUUAGGUAGCACAAUGCGAGUAAUUCAGAUAACAAAUAAUACUUUUGGGGGUGAAUAAUUUCUUUAAUGCAAUAUAGAUUGAUUUGAAUCUAUUUAAAAGGAUGUUGUCGAUCCAUCCUCAAAUCUAACAUUACAAAGAUUGUCACUGUACUCUACUGCCCUCCAGUGGGUUAAAACAUCAACUGCUAAACAUGUUUUCAUAAAUUGUUCAUCAAUAAUCCACUGGAGUGAGAGUUUCUCUAAUGGAGCCAAGACCAGUAAAACACUGCAGUAAUUAGCCAUAGGGUUACUCAAUAUGCAUUUAUGUUUCUAUGACAAAAUAUUUGCAGUAAUUAUCAAAUGAACACUUGAAACAUGAAUUUAUUGCUUUUCUGUUGUUGUGUUCUUCACGUGACUGUUAAUUAUAUCUUCUGGAAUAGGGAUUGACAUUUUUAAUAUGAUAUACUGUCUUAUAUAUUCUACUGAUAGGAUGGAGUUCUUUUAUAUCUUGAUGUAAUAAACAAGUUGUCAGGUGAGCUCUGAGCACCUGAUUCAGAAAACUAACUGUAAUGUAAUCUUAUACAGCUUUUCUGCCCACUUUCAGGCAUUUUCCCAAUCAAUGGUGUCUAUACUAGUGUUACAUGUUUGAGAAUUUCUUUUUUUUCUAUUUGUGAUUGACAGAGAGAGUAGAAUAAAUGCACUUUAUUUGAGGAAAAAAAAUCUUAAUUUGAUGGUAUUGUUUGUAAGUUACUUUGAAGAAAAAUAUACUGUAUACAAAUAUGGAUUCUACAAAUGAACACUAAAGUCCAAAUAUAAAAACAUUCCACAUUUCUCUGUUCACUGAAAACUGUAUUUAUUUGUACAAUGGGGCAUUUUUUGUUUGUGAUAGAUGUGAUUCAAAUGCAGACACCUGAAGUGCAGUAUGUGGAAUAAAAUUCUGAGAUUUGUUCCAAAA